UCAAGCUCCUCCUCCACACCCAACCGCCCGCCGGCCAUCAAGCUACAGUUCAUCAACACGGCACAUCCUCGCGAAUCGACCUCGGCCAAGCGUAUCAGCCAGAUCCGGUCUCACGUGGCCAAGGACUCCCACGCCCGCCGCCGCCAGCGAAAGGCCGGCAACACUGGCAACAGCAGUAACAAUGCCUGUGCCUGUUGCGCAGCCUCGUCUGCCGCUUCUCAUGCACCAGCGGCCGCUCCUGCAGAGUCUUCCGCCUCGUCCGAGUCGCCGGACUCCACCUCCGCAGGCAGUACAAGUAGUACUGCUGCUGAAGACGAGGGGCUGUCGAGCUGCUGUCCAGGCUUUCGGAGAAUAGCCCCGAAGACCAGAGUCCUGGAGCGGAGUGCAGCUCUGCCUCAUCCCAGGAAAUUGAUUGGCGAUACGAAGACGGAUGGCUGGUCGUUUGCCUGGGAGCUGUCGUCCGACGAGUGCAAGACCUUUGAUUUUUUCCUAGACUGGGUCCUCACGUACGGCUAUGAAAUCUGCUUUCCCCGCGAACAGGUCCCCGUCGUCAUGGGCCGUAUGAAGACAACUUACGUCCCCUUCGCCAUCAAACACCCGUGCCUCCUCUCCUGCAUCUUCUACAUCUCCUACCAUCGGCGCUCUCUCAACACGGAUGAUCCCGGAGAGGCCACCCAGUGCCACCUUAAGAUGCAGCGCUACCGGCUGGCCUGCAUAGAGAUGAUGAAGAGCGCGCUUGCGGCGGAAGAGAAGCCCUCUGCGCAGACCAUUACGCUGGCCAUGCAGCUGUGCUCGGAAGCUUUCUUUGAGGGAAGCCCAGAUGUCUCAUAUACACAUGCGCACGCCGCCAGGGCCUUGGUGUCUGCAAGGGGCGGCCUCGGGAGCUUCGACCAGGCCGGCGUCGAUGCCCUCCUCUCCUUUCUGCUGGCAACGUCCGUGUACAACGGGAACUACUGGUUCGUUCCCGGCUGU